AAUUUCAUCAUCACCAUGUCUGAUUCAAACUCUAACUCUGCUCCUCACCAGGUUGAAGAAUGCCGAGGAGUCCUGUUCGUUUUCAGCGACGGUUCCAUCCGCCGCCUCCCUAAACCAAGCUUCAACGUCCCGGUUCACGAUGAUGGUUCCGUUUUAUGGAAAGACGUUCAAUUCGACCCUCCACAUGACCUCUCUCUCAGGCUCUACAAACCUGCAGCUUCACCCACUUCCACAAAUAAACUCCCAAUCUUCUUUUACAUUCAUGGUGGUGGUUUUUGCAUUGGCUCACGCUCUUGGCCCAACUGUCAAAACUACUGUUUUCGCCUGGCUUCCGAGCUUCAAGCAGUGAUCAUCGCUCCUGACUACAGGUUGGCUCCGGAGAACCGGCUCCCGGCUGCUAUUGAAGAUGGCUGCACGGCAGUGAAAUGGCUCCAGGCUCAAGCUGUGGCUGAGGUGCCCGAUACUUGGCUCACUGAUGUCGCUGAUUUUAGCAAGGUGUUUAUAUCUGGUGACUCUGCUGGUGGGAACAUUGCUCAUAAUUUGGCGGUGAAGUUGGGGGCUGGUUCGCCGGAGUUGGCUCCAGUUCAUGUGAAGGGUUAUGUUCUUUUAGCACCAUUUUUUGGUGGGACUGUGAGGAGUAAAUCAGAAGCUGAGGGACCAAAGGAUGCUUUCCUGAAUUUGGACCUUAUUGACAGGUUCUGGAGGUUAUCUAUACCAAUUGGAGACACAAUGGAUCAUCCAUUGGUAAAUCCAUUUGGGCCACGCAGUCGCAGCCUUGAAGAAGUAAAAUUUGAUCCAAUCUUAGUAGUUGUUGGAGGAAGUGAUUUACUCAAAGACCGAGCUGAAGAUUAUGCAAAGAAACUCAAAGCAUGGGGAAACAAGAUUGAAUAUGUUGAAUUUGAAGGACAGCAACAUGGCUUCUUCACCAUUUAUCCUAUUUCUCAACCAUCCAACCAACUUAUGCGCAUAAUCAAUAAAUUCAUUGCUGAAAUUUCCGACUAGAUUUUGUUUUUGGACCCUUAUAUAAUGUGUGUGUUAUGUUUUGGACUUGUUUCUUUGUUCAUCAAUUUUUACAUUUUCAGCCAAGUUUGUUAAGUGUUUCAUGAAUGGAGUUGGAGUUGAAUUAAAAUUUGGAUAUUUAAAUUCAA